UUCAAAGCCCAAAGCCCACUGAAAAAGUAUCGCCUUCAGUCGAUAGAUGUCUUUAGAUCCAAUAUGUAGACGAACCUUGGCCGGAACAACAUAACAUUUCUGUAAAAUAACUACCAAAAUGCAAACUGGAGAAGGAAAUGGUCCUAAUACUGCCGCCGAGCCCACAGAAGUACCAUUGCAGCUUUCAAAUAUUAAGGCAUUAGUUGAAAAAGUUUACGUGGACGGACUAGGAAGAACAAAAGAUGACCUUGUUAUCAAAACUGUGAGAGAGCUUUUCGAAGCUGGUGACUUUCAGCAAGUUGUGCUAAAAUCUCAAGAAGUCAGAUCAAAACUAGAAAAACUUGGAUGUUUCAAAAAUGUUGGUGUCUUCAUUGACACCAGUAGGGGAGAAGAUGCCUCCUCAAAUGGAUUGGAAAUAACAUUUUCAGUAAAAGAAUUGAAACGAGUUCUUGGUGGAAUUACUACUCUUGUUGGAAACAACGAAGGUUCAUUAGUCAUUAAAAGUAAUCUGCCCAAUACUUUUGGAAGAGGAGAAAAUUUGCAGGUGGAAUACACUUAUGGCACAAAGCAAUCCAAAGGAUUUAAUGGAAUGUUUAUAAAACCUCUUCACAACAAAGCCAAUACCAUUUUAACCUCUUCCUUUUACCAAAAAAACUCAGAAUGGGUAACAUCUGGUUACCACUUGUGUGAACAGGGAAUCUCUCUUGAUGCCAGCUUUGACUCAGUUCCACUUGUACGUCACAAUCUUCAGUGGGAAGGUAUUUGGCGUGAGUUGUCUUGCCAAAGUCGCACAACAGCAUUUCCUGUCCGUGAACAAGCUGGCCACUCACUUAAAUCUGCUUUGCGCCACAUGAUACAUUUUGACAAUAGAGAUUCAACUAUCUUCUCCAGUCGGGGUACCCUUUUUCAGAUGGUACAAGAACUCGCUGGAAUCGGAGGAGAUGUUGGGUUCAUUAAACACGAACUCAAUUACCAGUUAAAUGUUCCAGUCACAAACGAUGUGGUUAUUCAAGGAUCCUUCCAAGGUGGUUUUAUGAAGCGACUGAACGACGAGAAACUGAUUUACAUUUGCGAUCGCUUUUUCUUGGGUGGCCCGCAUACUAUCCGUGGUUUCGAGCAACGUGGAAUUGGUCCACAAUCGGAUAAUCAAGCCCUUGGAGCCCAGGGAUAUUGGGCUGCUGGUCUUCAUUUGUACACCCCAUUGCCUUUCAAGCCAGGACAAGGCGGUAUAGGAGACAUCCUUCGCACACACUUUUUUGUCAACGCAGGAAACAUAGACAAUUUUGAUUUCAGUGAUAAUCUAAAGGAGAGUGCUCGAAUUCUUACAGACAGAUACCGUUUGAGCUACGGAAUGGGAUUAAUGUUACGAUUAGGCACCACUGCACGAAUCGAACUUAAUUAUUGUGUCCCCAUCAGAAGCCAACGAGGAGAUCGGACGCAUCACGGUGUGCAAGUGGCUGUCGGAGUGCAGUUCCUAUAAAUUGUGUCAGAAGCCAGUACGCCAAAGGUGACACAACACGGUUCGAGGUUAACGUCACCUGAUAUAGCAAUUUGAUCUUCGAGAUGAUAAACUGUUUAAAAACUCUAAUUCAUACCGUAGUGCUCGUUUGACUGAAAAAUAGUUUGCAAAGAAGUUUCUGUAAAUACAGAGUUCAUUUAGUU